AAACUUGCCCGUCUCUAAGAAAGUGCCCAUCGCUAGAAAUUUGCCCAUUCGUCUGGUAACCGAGGUUUUUCUUGUUUCGGCAUAAAAAUGCUCCAAAAUCGCUGUUUCUAGAGCUCAAGUCGCGCAUCGUCUCGGAAGUGCAGUUUCUCGCGAAAUUCGGGCAAUUGAAAGAACCGCGCAGCCAGCAAAAUCGUUUCACCUAAGCUGCAUUUGUAUACAGAGCAGGUGGUGUUGUCUCCCUCUCGCGCCCGCACUGCUCGCUCUCGAUGUGCGAGCGAAACAACAACAAACAAGUUACAAGUUCCAACAAAAUUCCGUCUUCAUUCAAUGCAAAACUGGAGCUUGACUCCAGCAAAGACGACACCAUUCACUCCACAAGCUUGAACAAGAAACUGGUCAAGAUUAAAAAGUUUAAGUUGGACGAUAUGAAGGAGAUGGUGGGCGGCUGUUGCGUUUGUUCGGACGAGCGGGGGUGGCCGGAGAACCCGCUCGUCUACUGUGACGGCCAGAACUGCACGGUGGCAGUGCACCAGGCGUGCUACGGCAUUGUGACGGUUCCUACGGGACCCUGGUAUUGCCGCAAGUGCGAGUCCCAGGAGCGAACCUCCAGAGUCCGAUGCGAACUGUGCCCCUCGCGGGAUGGGGCCCUCAAGAAGACGGAUAACAGCGGCUGGGCCCACGUCGUCUGCGCCCUUUACAUCCCAGAGGUGCGGUUUGGGAAUGUUACCACUAUGGAGCCUAUCAUAUUGUCAUUAAUACCGACGGAGCGGUAUUCAAGAACUUGCUAUAUUUGCCAGGAGAUUGGCAAGCCGAACCGUGCCAAUGUCGGCGCUUGUAUGCAGUGCAACAAAUCCAACUGCAAGCAGCAGUUCCACGUCACCUGUGCGCAGAGCCUUGGUCUGCUUUGCGAGGAGGCGGGAAACUAUCUGGAUAAUGUGAAAUACUGCGGCUACUGUCAGCACCAUUACAGCAAACUGAAAAAGGGCGGCAACGUCAAAACCAUACCGCCAUAUAAACCCAUUCAACAUGACACCUCAUCCGAUUCGUGUUCGUCGCCCGAGAAGGAGAUCGAUUCCACCAUGAACUCAGCUGCGACUUCAGCGACGAGCAUUAAGAUCACCAGCAGCAGUACCAGUGGAGGCGGCAGCAGCAGUUCUUUAAACGCCAGCUCUGGUGUUGGAAUUUCCGGGGGAAGCGGCAGUGGCAGUGGCGUCUCAUCGUCCUCCAAGCAACGCAAGAGCAAUACAUCGGGUAAAUCGUCGAGCAGCAGUAGCAGCAGCUCAUCAUCCUCAACGGGAGUGGCUGCCAACGCGUCCUCGAGUUCUGCGCAUUCGGGAAGUGCAAGCAAUCUGACAGCUGGAAGCAGUUUACUACCAGGCAGUAGUAACACCAAUAUUAGCAGUAAUUUAAGCAAUAACGCGGCAGGAGGAAGCGGAUCUGCCAGCAGCGCUGGAAACUUGUCUAGUGGGAGCUCCAGUGGAGCAAAUGUAGCAGCUUCCAGCAGUGGAGCUACACAAUCAACGCCCAAUCAAUCGUCGACAGCAGCAACCACCACAAAAUCGUCGGCCAGCAGUUCGAGCAGUAGUAGCAGUAGCUAUAAGGAGAAACAUAGCAAAAGUUUAAACAAAUCCACCUCGAGCAAGGAUAAGGAUGGAAAAGAUAACACUAGCCAUUCAGCAAAUAACACAUUCUCGAAUUCAUCAGCCUCAUCAACAUCUUCAAACUCAUCGUCGACACGAGAGAAAUCCUCAUCAAAGCUUUCGAAGAACAAAGACUCAAUUCAAGUACCGAGUGCCACCAGUAGCACGAGCACAACCAGCAGUAUAAGCACCCAGCCCAGUUCGUCCACUUCAACAGCGAGUAGUGGCUUAGGUGGAACUGGGACCCAUGUGAGCAGUUCGGCCACCAGCGGAACUAACUCCACUGCCUCCACAACCAGCGAGCACUCUCAUGCCCAUAAUCUAAGCACAAAUGGAGCAGGAGGAGGUGGAAGCACAGCCGCAAAGCAACAGUCGGCGAGCAAUCUGGGUAAUCCGCAUCUCAGCACCGGUAGCUCUGCAUUUGGAUUGGAACUACGAACAGGAAGCACAUCCUCAAACUCGGCUUUAAACGAAUCCUCUGGAUUUGGUAAUAAUUCCAAUUCCGAAAGGGAGAAUUUAUCAGGCGCUGGUUCGUCUGCAAGCAAUCCGACGGGAUCUAUUGCACUGGGCUUGGGUGGAGUAUCCUCCAGUGCGGCCACUAAUCUAAGCACCAAUAAGGGGGGCUCCUCGGCAUCAGCGACGAGCAAUCUCUCGUCUACGAACCUUUCCUCUGGCAGCUCCUCCAAUUCGACAUCGAAGAAAAGAAAGGCAGACUCAGCCAAGUCCAGCAGUAGUGUUUCCAUAGCUGCCUCUGCUCUGGACGAUAACAAUAGGUGGGGAACGAGAAUCGCAAAGAAAAGCUUAAUAUCCCGAUAUGAUAUCAAAGACGUUCAUGUAGCACUGACACCGCUAACAGACUUUGAGAAGGAAAUCGAGAAGAGCUCCAAGAGGCAACGUACCGAACUCAGCCCGCCGACCCACCAAACAUCCGCCACCGCCGAAGUGAAUGCGCCGCUGGCCAGCUCGACGAGUGCGUCCAUUGCGGUAACGGCGAGCGCGACAGCGGCCUCAGUCCCCCCAGCGACGGGCAGCACUACCUCAGGCUCCACCUCCAGCGGCAAUGCGGGCUCAACCUCCGGCAGCAACAGUACCGGGGGCUCGGCGACCGGAGGAGCACCAUCCGUCGCGGGAUCUGGCGGUUAUCCAAAGACAGAAUCGAGCAAGUCGAGUGGUUCAGGAAGUGCAGGCGGUGGCAGCAGUAGCAGUACCAGCAGCAACAAGCACGGCAGCAACACCAAGGACAUCAGCAGCAGCAAUCAGCAGCCGACGACUGGGAGCAGCAGCAAUGCACCCAGCCUGUACGUCUCUGUGCCGCUGUCCACGGCCAAUGUACCUGGAGUCAACCUGCCCACCAGCAGCAGUAGCAGUAAUAUCACCAGCGAAUCCCAUCCAGCAUCAUCGCGCAGCAGCGGCGCCCAGUCGCAGCAGAGCAAUCUACCGGCAAUGGGUGGAUCAACUGGAGCGUUUCACGGUGGUGCGAGCAGCGGUGGCCCCAGCGGCGGCUCCUCGUCGGUCAUCCAGCACCAGAGCGGCAAGUCAUCGCCGGCCUUGGGCACCCUAGUCAGCGGCAACAGUGGUGGCAGCAUAAUAUCGGCCAGUGGCGUGUCACUAGCCAGCGGCAACCUCACUGCCACGACCACGGAGAGCGGAAACCUGAAGAUCAGCUAUGAGAAGCAGACGACCAGAGUGCAGCAGUUGCAGGAGCAAGAGGCGCCACCGGCACGUCGGAGCAGAACGCCCGAUAUCAGCACGGCCAGCAACUCCUCGUCCUCAGCAUCCGCAGUGCCCGCAACAACAACAACUCCUUUGGUCAUGCUGAGCAACCAGUUGCCACUCAACUCGAUGGCGGGUGGGGGCUCCUCCGGCGGCCUCAAGUUCACCUACGAGAGUCAGACGCAGAUGGACGUGCCCAUGAUGCCAGUGAGCGCCAUAAAGGAUUCGCCGCCCAGUUCGCCCGGCUCAGAGAUUGGAUCGGCUAUGCACUCGGCGACGGCAGCGUCCGGUUCCCUGACCGCAGCUGCUCCCACGUCGGCGGCAGCACAGCCUGGAAAUGUCCGGAAACGUGGACGCAAGGCAAAGGACUCGACGAUAGCAGCAGCAGCGGCGGCGGCAGCAGCUGCAGCUCAACAGGAUCUCAAGGAUGUGCGCAUUCUGCAGAAUGGCGCGGGCAGUGGCUCGAGCAAUCCGGCCAGCAGCACACCCACGCCACCCGCCACGCCUGCUGCAUCCACGACGGCCAGUUCAGCCAGUUCGAUCAUCACGCACACGGCCGCCCACAUGCUGGGCAACCAGAUCAAUCCGAACAGCAGCGUGGCCCAGAAGCUGUCCGAGCAGUUGCACAUGGAGGUACAGGAUCACUCAAUAUACACCUCCGACUCCUUGAGCUCGCAGUACACGGGAGUUCCGUUCCCCGGCAAGCAGCGUAAUUCGAGCAUUGCCCCCAGCAACGCAGCACCAGCUCCCAAUCCGUUGCAGUCGAUGUUCAGCGGUGGCAUGAACGGCAACAUGCCCAUUCCGCAGAGUCUGGAGCAGCUGCUCGAGCGGCAGUGGGAGCAGGGCUCGCAGUUCCUCAUGGAGCAGGCGCAGCACUUUGACAUUGCCUCGCUGCUUAAUUGCCUGCACCAGCUGCAGAGCGAGAACCUCCGGCUGGAGGAGCAUGUGACCAGCCUGAUAGCGCGUCGAGACCACCUGCUGGCGGUCAAUGCGCGCCUGCAGAUCCCGCUGAACACCAUCGCAAGCGGUGCCAAGGCCGAGGCGCAUGCCGCCAUGUCGACAACGGCAGCUCCAACAACCACCACAACAACCUCAACAACAACAGCAACAUCAACUUGUACAACUUCUGUCAUUUCCACACUAGCUUCCAGCGGCAACAGCGGCGGCAGCAGCAUCGGACUCGGCAGCAACAUCAGCGCCCUGAAUGCGGCCACCACAAUCGCUGCGGCCGUUUCGCUGGCCACCACUGCCAUCAAUACCACCAUCCCGACCAUGGCCAAUAGCCGACCCACGGUGGCAGCAGCGAGCUCCACCGCAGUGGUGUUGGACUAUCGCGGACCAGGGGCCACAAGCAACAGCAGUGGCAGCAACAGCACCAGUGGCAACAAUGUAACAAGCAACAGUGUGAACAGCAGCAACAGCAAUCCUACAACCUCUGCGAAUGCCAGUGGGCCCGCUGCCACAUCGAUGUCGAUCUCUGGCAUGAACAUGACCAGCGCAGCCAACUUGGGAAUGAGACACGUUUCUGCGGCCCAUUCGUACAACAACGCCGGAAACAGCAACAGCAGCGUGGGGACCUUGAGUGCCAACAGCGCCGCCAAUAGCAACAGCUUGCAUCACCAGCAUCCUUCGCAGCUGCAGCAGCAACAGGCGCAACACCAGUCGCAUCCUUCGCAGCAGCAGCAGCAACAGCAGCACGCGCAACAAGUGCAGCAGCAUCUGCACCAGUCGCACCACACCAGCGCCGCUGUGGCAGCCGCCCACAUGCUGGGCGUGGGCAUGAGCCUGGGCGCUGGAGGUGGGGCUGCUGCUGGCAUCGGACGAGGUGGGUCAGCGACAGCCAUGGCUGCAACAGCAGCAACAACCACAACUACUUUUACGACCACAGCGGGCACGGGCAUGGGUCAGCAGCACCACCACCCACACCCACACCAACAUCCUAGCAUUCAGAUUCAAGUGGGUGGCGGCGGCGUUGGCGUUGACGGUUUAAGUAGCACCUCCUCCUCCUAUGCGGUGCACCACGCGGCUCUCUACAGCACGCAUCACCAGUCCCAACUAAGGCGCGACGAUAACAUCGCCAAAACUAGCUGAAAGUCGUACCGUGAGCAAGGGCUUCAGCAGCCGCAGCAGCUGAAGAAGAAGCAAUCCGUGAGCAAGCGAGGAGGGCGUGACAACAGCAGCAGCAGCAGUGGCAGCAAUCAUGGCAACAGCAAACUGGCCCAGCAGGGCAAACACGACCAGCUGAAGUCGGCGGAGCCUGGCUUUCAGCAGCUGAUCGACAAAAAUGACGAUGAUCUCAGCAGCCACAGCAGCUCUUCCACCUUCUCCUCCUCCUCGCAGCAGCAAUCUUCGGUGGACUACGAGGCGGAGGACGAGAACGAGGACAAACAGCGUAGGCCACUGCACAAGAACGAGAACGACAGCUUGCUCCAUGUGCAGAACUUUCUCAAGUGCUUUGGACCCAAUGCCUUCGCACAGGCAAGGGCACCACCUGCAGCAACAGCUACAAAGUCUAUGGGCAUCGUCAAGUCGUCGGGUGGAGGAGGAGAGCUGCGUGCCUGGCGCCAGGGCUAUUGCCCCCCAAUCAGUACAGUUCAAGUAGCCACCACAGUAGCAACAUCGCAGGCAAUCCCAUCGACAACCUUUGCUGAGAGCACAGCCACAGAUACACCAAUGUUUCAAGCCCAGUCAAGUGCAAACCACAAACCAACCAAGUUUCAAAUAAACACCAAGUUUCUGCGCAAACCGCGCACGAAACUGCUGAAAAUGCUGCCAACGGCAACGGCGGCACCAGUUCCCAAGCAGCAGGAGCAACUGCAGCAGCCGCAGCUGUUCAACGAUGAUUCCAACGCCAAAUUCAAAGACUUUUCAAUCGACUCGCUAUUGAAUAAGUAAACGUAAACCCUAACGGAGUAGCAGUUACAACUUAGCCUUAUUAUUUGUAGCAUAAUUAAACGAACAUGUACAAGCAGAGCCCAAGCCGCGUUCCUAGUUUCCCCUGCCAACAAAACCACCACAGAUUUUGUUUAGCCAAUCGAGUACCCAUAACAUGAACAUAGCAACAACGUAUUAUAACUACAAUUAGGUUGUUUAUUUAUUACAUGCAUAUUGUUUAACAAAUGGCGCAAUUCAUAACUAGCGUAAGAAUGUAAAUAUCUACUUAAUACGAGAUAAUAAACCACAAACAGAUGUGCUAGAAUUUAAA